AUGUCAGCCCUCACAUCACGAACCGCCGCCAUCACCCGGCGUCUGGCAAGCACCACCCCCACAUCCACCCUCUCCCGCGCCGCCUUCACCACCACCACCCGCCGUCAAAAAAACCCUGUCGAGGCCGCCAAGGACACACUCAAGACAGUCGACCGCAAGGUCUCGGACACGCUCGUAGACGGCAUCAACAUCGGCAGCGCGUACGCCAACAAGAUCAAAGAAGCCACCUCCGAAGUAUCCGAGGGCAAGGUGACCGGCCGCGCCUCCGAGCUGCGGGGCGAGGCGGCGGGCAAAGCGAGCGAGGUGGCUGGGGAAGCCAAGGGAAAAGCGAGUGAGGUGGCCGGCGAGGCCAAGGGCAAGGCCAGCGAGCUGGCCGGGGAGGCGCGGGGUGCCAAGGAGCAGGCCAAGGGCAAGGCGAGUGAGAUGGCGGGGGAGGCGAAGGCGAAGGUGGGGGAGGUUAAGGAGAAGAUGAGUUAG